AUGUAAGCCUCUCCUUUGAUUAAAGUGCAGAGUUCUGCAUUCUCUACUGGUUCGGCAUUAAGAAUCAAAUAGAAAUAGUCAUAACCACAAAACCAAGUGGAAUAAAUCAGUCCUCUUAAAUACUUAGAGGAAAAUGAGUAAUCUCCAUCUAAGAUUAUUAACAUUUAUGCUGAUAGUGCUUUCUAUAAUAGUCACACUGCAUUUUCUGAAAUCUAAAAUCAGUAAAUAAGUGAGGAUGAUAGGAUACUUAAAAGCUACACAUAUAGUCAAAUGGCUCCUGAUGAUGCAGAGAAAGCUUAUUGUGAAAGACAAAAGACUAUUCAAGAUCAAAUAAAAAGAUCUAAGGAUAAUGCAAAAAAUAAAAAAAAAGAAUUUUAUGAAUCCAAAAAGAGAGCUGUAAAGAGUGGAACAUAAAAAUAAUAGAUUAAUUCUUCAAUAACACAAUCUUAAUUAAUCGAUAUAUCGAGAGGCUCAUAGCAUUUUAGAAGAACAUCAAUAGAUCAAGUACCUUAACCAAAAAAUAAACUUAUUAAGAACUAAGUAAGUUAAUCGAAUUAAUCCUUUCAUUUAUAAUUUUAAAGUAAGAAAUAACAAUUACUAAAUGAUAUUGCCAAACUGGAAAAAGAAAUUGUAGUAGAACAAUAAUAUAUCUAACUUGCAUCUAAGAAAAUCUAGCCAAGAUAAAAUUUGUAAGCAACAAAAACAAAUUAUGAAAAAAGACAGUCAACCAAAAAAUUUGCCAAGUCCGAAACAGUGAUUUAAGAAAAAAAAUCUAUAAAAACAAAGAAUACAUUAAAAAAUCUCAAUACUUCACAAAAUUCUCAGAUAUCACCUCAAACAUCUCCAAAAUCAACAUUAGAGGUAAAGAGUCCGAUUAGAUCACAAUCUUAAGAAGCUAAGGAAAUUGUGGACCUUUUAAGACAAUCCAGAGAAGACUUAAACUGUAUCAUAUUUAUCAUUAUUCAUCUUAGAGAGAUUGCUUAGAAUGAAUGA